AUGGAAAGGGAGAUACGGUGGAAGCGAGGAAGAAGAUUGGGAAUGGGCAGCUUUGGUGUCGUUUCAUUAGCAGAGGCAUAUGAUGAAGGUCGUUGCAAUUCUCCAUUGUUGAUGGCUAUGAAAACUGCACCACUGUCUCUCUCCUGUUCACUUCGCAAAGAAAGAGAUCUUCUUCGGGAACUUGAAGGUUGUCCCUAUGUCCUUCGCUGUUUCGGGGACGAAGUUUCGACUGAGAAUGGAGUUGAACUGUACAAUAUUAUGUUAGAGUAUGCAUCCGGAGGAAGUUUGGGUGAUUGUAUCCAGAGUUCCGGUAAAGGGUUAGCCGAGUAUGAAGUUAGACGAUACACGAAGAAUAUGCUUAUGGGUCUCAGUUAUAUUCACGAGCAAUGUUAUGUUCACUGCGACAUAAAGCCCCAUAAUAUCCUACUUGUCGGUGAGGAGGACUCUGCAAGUUUGAUUAAUCCUAAGUUGAAAAGAGUUGAAAAUACUGCAAAGAUUGCAGAUUUUGGGCUUGCCAUGAAGAUUGAAGAGAAAAGAAGCCCCAAGUUGAGAGGCACACCCAUGUAUUUGGCACCGGAGUCGGUUCGUCAUCAAGAGUAUCAACCUCCUUCGGAUAUUUGGGCACUUGGGUGCACUGUGUUAGAGUUGAUUACGGGGACAACACCAUGGCAUUGCGAACCACAUGCUGAGACUUGUGCUCUUUUGUAUCGUAUUGGUUUGGGAAAAACGCUGCCAGAGAUUCCAAGUUGGGUGUCUGCAGAGGCAAAAGAUUUUUUGAAGAAGUGUUUGGUACAUGAUCCGAAGUCACGAUGGUCUGCGGACAUGCUCUUAGGCCAUCCCUUUGUUUUAACUAUGGACAAUACCCCUAAGGAUGCUAAAGAAUUAAGAAGCUGUGCAGAUCAUCAAUUCAGAGUUCAUCACUUGAUCUUCUAA